ACAGCUGAUACCUAUCGGUCUGGAAUCGCUUAAAAAAUUGUUUAUAUUUGUUUACCUGACUUUUUAUCAGAGACAAGCGAUAUGUCCAGCCACGAUAUCAAACUGGAGGUCUGCGUGGACUCCAUACGAUCAGCUUUUGCCGCGGAAUCUGGAGGAGCUUCCCGGAUUGAGCUCUGUUCUGCCUUAGGCGAAGGAGGCUUGACUCCCAGUGUUGGCACCCUGAAAACACUGAAGGAAACCCUCACUAUUCCCGUUUACUGCAUGCUACGGCCUCGGCGGGGCACCGACUUUGUCUACAGCGACGAAGAGAUGUGUGCCGUGCUAACGGACAUGGAUUUGUUGCGGGAGAACGGUGCUGAUGGCUUUGUUUGGGGAUCCCUGAAUCCAGAUCGCAGCAUCAACGUAGACCAGUGCCGGCAGGUGAUGCUGGGAUCAAGCGGCCUUCCGGUUACCUUUCACCGUGCCUUCGAUCUCACUGACCAGAAGUGCAUGGACGAGAACGUCGAACUGCUGCAGGAACUAGGCUUUAAGCGCCUGCUAACCAGCGGAUUCCGACCGUCGGCCGCAGAUGGAUUGGACUGCCUGGCGCAGCUAAUAGCCAAGCAUCACAGGGACUUCAUUGUAAUGCCCGGCGCCGGCAUCAAAGUGUCUAAUGUUGAGGAAAUCCUCACUGUCAGUCGCUGUUUGGAGUUUCACGCCUCCGCUCAAGAUACGGCUAGUGAGGACUAUGUGGUACCCACCACAACACGCAUGGAAUGCGAUGUGACCAUGGGAAAACAAGACGUAGACCCGUACUACGGAACCAAUGCCAACGUGGUGCGCAAGAUGGUCACCAUAGCAAAUGCUAUGAGCUGCCGCUGAAGAUUUUACCUAGUUCUUGACCUUAGUCCUACUUUUAUUCCUUAAUUGUUUGUGAAUUCCAUUAUCGUCUAUAUAAUUUUUUUAUAUCUUAGAUCUUGUUAAAACUUAAGUAGACUUAUCCAUAAAAUUCAAAAUCCUAAACA